AUGCCAGGGGUUUCUGAAGUCACGAAGAAACUCUCCCUGCUCUAUCCAUGGGUGUUGAGCCCAUUUAUUGUAAGCGCUCCGAUGCGCGUCAUGUCCGGUCCGGCGUUGGCAGUCGCAGUUUCUCGCGCUGGCGGGUUGGGGUUUAUAGGACCGGGCGUUAAAACGCGGGAUAUGCUGGCGGAUCUGGAAGAGGCGACGGCACUAGUCGGGAAACUGCGGACAUCUUCAUCUAAUUUCCAUGCCCUGUUGCCCGCCGAGUGUCCGCUUCCCGUCGGCGUGGGUUUCCAACUCUGGAGUGAUAACCUGGAGGUUGCGGUAGCAGCAGUUGAGAAAUUCAGGCCUUGUGCUGCUUGGCUCUACGCCCCGCGAAAUGGUCAGAGAGAUUUCGAUGCUUGGUCUCUUCGAAUCCGCAGCGCCUCACCACGUAUCCAAAUCUGGAUUCAAAUAGGAACCCUGGCGGAAGCGAAGGAGCUUGUCCAGAGUUCCGUGCGGCCAGAUGUGAUUGUUAUUCAAGGGACGGACGCUGGAGGCCACGGCCGCGCCAAGGAUGGACUUGGACUAUUAUCGCUCUUCCCAGAGGUGGCCGAUGCACUCGCAGGAAGCCAGAUCCCGCUUUUUGCCGCUGGAGGGAUCGCUGAUGCGCGGGGAGUGUUGGCGGCAAUGUGCCUGGGUGCCUCCGGCGUGGUGAUGGGGACGCGCUUUCUCGUAUCCCAUGAAGCGCGCAUUAACCCCGGGUAUCAACGUGAAAUCGUGCGAGCCAGGGACGGCGCGGUUACGACCGCACGAACAUUGCUUUAUAACAAACUCCGCGGCACCAAAGGAUGGCCAGAAGAGUAUAGUCCGCGUACUAUCAUUAACAAGUCUUUUAUCGAGUACCAGGCGGGUAGGCCCUUUGAAGAACUGAAGAAGCUGCAUGAUGAAGCUCUUAAGGCCGGUGAUAGUGGUUGGGGACCGGAGGGACGGCUUGCCACCUAUGCAGGAGCUUCCAUCGGGUUGAUCCACGAAAUAAAGGAUGCUGCGGCGAUCAUUCGUGAUGUCCGUGAGGGGGUGCUACUGAGUCUUCCAUCCUUGCGGGGGCAUUAA